AUGAUUAAGCGUGACUCUGUUUCUAGACUGCUCUAUAUCUGUAAUCUAUCCUUCAGUUGUUGUCUCUUGGUAGUAGUUUGUGCUCUCUACGUUAUGGAGUACUUUACUGGUAGGGAAUCAUCCACCUUUACUCUGUCUUAUUAUGCGCUAUUUUUAAUAUUAGCUUUCAUCGUUGGCGGAACGCUCUUCAUGGGAAUAAUCCAACUAAGAAAAACAGUAUUGAACUGGUUUGUUUGCAGAUAUAUAUCAUGUGGCCUUAACAUAUAUGGGCUACUUGUGCAUGCCAUCUAUCUAAUCUUUGUAAUUUGGUUCGUUCCUUUGGCUAGAUUAUUAGCAAGCGGGCUCUGCGUCUUUAUAGAAACGUUACACACCAUUCUGCUAUUUAACUAUGCUAGCAGCAUACACUAUACUGCAGCUUAUGCUACACGACUUGCUCUUGUGGGUUGCCUGUUCAUUGACCAGAUGGUCCAGUUCAUUGAGCUGUCAACUAACAUAUCUGGAAACGAAACCAAUCAUAAAUAUAUGCUUAUAGAGGCAUCUAUCUUAUAUACCGUGAUCGUUAUAGGCUCAUCUGCUGCCUUAAGGUCUCUUUCUAUGUCAUUUGUUAGCUCCAUAGUGCUGCUCUCUUGGACACUUUCUUCAUCAGUCGAAGGGACUCUUCACUUGGUCUUGAUAAUUGAGUCUAUUAUCUCUAUAAUAUCGCUAGGAGCUAUUAGCGCAUAUCAUGGUCUCCAGUUUCGGAGACGAAAAAGAGCUAUUCAUUUAGAAGAGCCCAGCUAUGCUACAGAUUAG